ACCGCCAACUGCAUGCAUCUACAUAUGGAGAGAACGAGUUACACCAUACUUCAGAUAGCAGUUAUCUUGCUCCUCUUGGUUUUGUCGUGUCUUGGCUUAGAAGACUGUGGUCGGAGACCUCCUCUACCACGAGUGAUUGGAGGUGACGAAGCUAUACCUCACUCUUGGCCAUGGCAAGCCAGGAUCAUCCUCCAGGACGAAAAUGGAACGUGGAAUCACAAGUGUGGUGCGUCCCUGAUUCAUCCAGAAUGGAUCGUCACUGCAGCCCAUUGUUUGGCCUUCCACCCGGAUCCAAGAAUAUACGGCGUCAUUUUAGGAGAUCAUGAUUGGGCGGAAAACGAACCUUCAGAGCAGUGUUUCGAGGUUUCGCAGUUGUACGUAAACAGGUUUUAUCAAACGAUAUCUGGAUAUGGUCACGACAUUGCACUUAUUAAACUGUCAAGACCAGCGAUUCUUAAUAAAGAUGUGAAUCUUGUGUGCCUUCCGAAGCAGAACAACAGAGUUGCUAUUGGCAAGAUGUGUUACUUGACAGGAUGGGGAGUUUCGAAACCUGGAUCUAGCGAAAAAACCCCAAAACUGCAGCAAGCUCGGUUACCAACGGUCAAUUAUUCAACAUGUUGGAUUGGAAAUUCCUUUUUCCAGCCUAUCGACGACGAAACGAUGCUUUGCGCCGGUUUCGGUGAAGGAAAAACCAUUAGUGGAUGUAAUGGUGAUAGUGGUGGACCGUUAGUAUGCGAGGAGGAUGGAAAAUUUGUUCUGAGGGGUGCUGUGAGCUGGGGGAUACCAGGAUGUCCAGGCGGAAGACAUUAUUCGGUUUUCGCCCGCGUCAGUUCUUUCGUGAAAUGGAUCGAAGAUCAUAUAAAAAACAGCGACAUCUAUUAACUUAUUCGGCUCUCAUGUAUCUAAACUUUGUCUUAAGUAUCUGAGCAUCUCAGCUCCGGUAAGAUGAUUUCCCGAAUGUCCAAACUGACUUCAAUGAAAAGAUAGGAACGAUGAAGUAUUUUUCUCAGAGGUGUGGUGCAGCGAGUGCUUGUUCAGCUUUCAGACAACUAUUUAUAGUGUCUCUUGUUCUGAGCAUGUUGUUCGCUUUUAAGAGCCAUUAGUAGGAGUAUUCAGAAGAAGGAGUUUCCAGUAGAAGACUCCCCUGAGUCGUCUUCUUCUUAGUGUCUAAACGUCUUCGUGGAAUUUAGUGGCAUCCCGUACCAGAAUCUUUUAGUUUUCAUUUAUUGUUACUUUUGCAAAUCAGGGGUAGUAUCACUUCCGUACCCUCCCCUCCCUACUUUAGUCACUAUGUAAUGACAUGUAUCGACCUAACUUGAAAAACGGCAACCAGAGCAUCAGGUCACUAAAUAUGAUGUACAUUGAAAACAACUCCUUUUUCACAGAAGCACAUAUUUUAUUCAGUUCACCCACCACUUGUAUCAUUGAUAUAGAGCAGAUCAAUCCUUUCUGGGCAUCACAUGGAAGAAUACCCACCAAGAAGCUGUAACAUGAUAGAAAAAAAGAAAUGAAUUGACAUAAACCAAAGGACUAGUUUAAGUAAUAUAGAAAUCCUUAUCAAC